GAACGUAUGUUAAAGUGUGAUUAUUCCCCCCCUUCUUUCUACUUCUUUCUCUGCCCGUCCGUGAAAAAGAACCAAAAAAGAAAAUCAAUGGCGACGGAAGUGGAAGAGCUGCUUGGAUUUCUAUCUUCUCCUUCUCCUCAAUUGAAGAAGGCAGCUGCUGACAUUGUUAGGGACUUAACCGGUUCCGAGGAUGGAUUGCUCUCUCUUGCUGGCCACUCAGAGGCUGCCUUGCCUUCGCUUUCCCAACUUUUAUGUGAAAAGAAGGAACUUUCAGAGCCAGCUGCUGAAGCUCUUAUAAACAUGUCGCAAAAUUCAUCUCUCUCAGAGAAGAUGAUUUCAAUAGGAAUGGUUAAAACAGCCAUGGAGAUGCUCUAUAGACAAGAAUGUUGCAUUAGGCGGCUGUUGGUUAUGCUCCUAGUUAAUCUGACUCAGUUGGAUGCUGGUAUUGCUUCGCUGCUUCAGAUUCAAGAUGAUAAAGUGCAAGGAUUGUAUGUUAUGAAGCUUGUGAGAUCAUUUUGUAGAUCGUCAAGUGAAGCAGCAGAGGAUCCCUUUGAACAUGUUGCUUCUAUACUCGUAAACAUCUCAAAAAUGGAAGCAGGCAGGAAAAUUUUACUGGACCCUAAGCGAGGCCUUUUAAAGCAAAUCAUUCCACAAUUCGAUUCAACAAACCCAUUGCGGAAGAAAGGGGUCUCUGGAACUAUUCGCAAUUGUUGUUUUGAAGCGGAGAGUCAGCUACAGAAUUUGCUUUUGAUAUCGGAGUUUCUCUGGCCAGCUCUACUUUUGCCUGUUGCUGGCAUGAAGGCUUAUAGCGAUCAGGAUACAUCAAAAAUGCCACUCGAGCUUGGGAAUGCCCUUUCACAUGAGCGGGAAGCAGUCGAUGAUCCAGAAAUUCGUGUACAAGCACUGGAAGCUAUUUACAUGAUUGCCUUACAGGACGCAGGACGGAGAGCUCUAUGGUCUGUCAAUGGCCCACGGAUACUGCAAGUAGGGUAUGAGGAUGAAGAGGAUCCAAAAGUAAUGGAAGCAUAUGAGCAAAUCGGCUCCUUGCUGGUUCAUGGUGGUGAAGCCGAGGAACCAGCUGUUCCCACAGAAACAUAGAUGCCUCUCCUGCUCAUCACAAUCAUCGGUCCUAUCAAUCAAUUCCAUGGUUUGCAUGAAAAUCAAGUAUAACCAAAUGCAGGCAAAAACAGGACCCUUUUUUAUGGUUUGUUGCUGUGGAGCUUUAGAGGUGAUUGGUUGCGAUUGCUGUGGACAGCAUUUGUGGGGCUGUAUUAACUUUUAAACCUCGUUCAGGGCUAGUGAAACUUCUCAUAAUGGCGACAUUGGCCCACCGUUUUCAAAAUGGGGAUGAGUCAUCCCCCUUACAUGUGGUAUAGGUAGAAGUAGUAGAGCUAAAAAAAUACAACGGUUGAGCAAAACCUAAUCAGAUUGGUAGCUGUCAAAACAGGAUAAAUUGUUGGGGUAUGCUACAUCCGCAUUGGUGGGUCAGCAAUUUGGAUGGUUUGGAUUGCCAUUGCAACUAUGUCAUGUGUAACCAUUUUUAUAAGGGUGGUUAAUUAUCGGAGUAUAACCAGUGAAAUGAACUUUAUGCCGA